AAAGUUCAAAAAGUAGAGACACUCGCAUAUAUAAACCAACCACAACACCCUUGUUAUGAACACAAAAACAUGGCAGGCAAAGAGAAGAUAGUGUACCAUGGUGAGAACAGUGACAGUGAAGGAGAUGAUCAUAAUCAUGGUAAAGAAGAGGAAUUGGACCUCCCACUGGAGAAGCUGAAUCUGGGUCCUAAAAAGAAGCUUAUUGUUCUUUCACUUGGUGGUGUGCUCUGCGAGAGGGUCUGUCGCAGGGAAAAGCGGAAGAUUCCAAGAAAUCGCCGUGCUGAUGCUUCCUAUGGAAGCAUGUUAGUGUACAAAAGGCCUCAUGUUGAAGAAUUCAUGAAAUUCUGCCUUGAAAAGUUUGAAGUAGGAAUAUGGUCUUCUGCAAGGGAAUGGUAUAUGGGUGACGCUUUGAAUUGCAUAAUGUCUGGGUUGAGGGGGCAAUUAGUAUUUGCUUGGGACCAAGAUUACUGCAAUAAUACCGGGUUCUCUACCAUAGAGAACGAUCGUAAGCCAAUAUUCUUGAAGGAAUUGGACAAAAUAUGGGAAAAGAAGAGUCUAUCUGAAGGGAAAUUCUCUGCAUCAAACACUCUGUUGAUCGACACCAAUCCAUACAAAGCUCUUCUGAAUCCGCCUCAUACUGCAAUCUUUCCAACUGAAUACAAGGUGCAACAAGUUGGUGAUGAUGAUUUAGGUGAUAACGGUGCUUUGAGGGUUUACUUGGAUGGACUGGCGAAUGCGGAUGAUGUGCCGUCUUAUGUGAAGGAACACUCGUUCGGGCAGCCGCCGAUCUCUGCUACUCAUCGCGAUUGGGAUUUUUAUUCCAAAAUUAUCCGUUCCCUUGGAAAAGAAACUGUUUCUGUUUCUGGUUCUGGUUCUGGGAGUUGAAUAUGCUAUAGCUUUGUAAAGCCUGUAUAAUAGACCUAGAUACUGGUCUCUUCUCUUGUAUUCUUGUGUCGAAUACAAGAAUUAAAUAAAAAUGUUGUGUCUUUCUUUUUC